AUGAAAUUACGAAAAUCAACAGCAAAAAUUGAUACAUUUAUGACAAAUAAAACCGAAUUUGCCAAACAAAAAGAGCACGAAAACCAAGUAAAAUCUGCAGAAGUAUUAUUAGCAGCGUCUAUUGCUGACCACAACAUAGCAUUUCAAGUAGUGGACCACUUAAUUCCAUCAAAAAAUAUAUUAAUAUACACUUUACAAAAAGAAAGCAAUAGAUUAUUAAUGCAGUUCUGUCAAAAUUUUAUUAAACCUGAAAUAUUAGAAACUUUAAAAAUACAAAUUUUACAUCCACAUAAUUAUUUGGAUCUUGAAAAUAUAUUUAUUGAAAUUGCACAUGAAAGUUUCAAAAGGUUGCCAAUAAAUAACCCAUUAUUUAAUGAAUUUGAAUUUAUCCAACCUACAAUUGCAUUUGCUAAGAAUAGAAAGCAUCUAUUAGAGCUACCCAAUUUAAUUAACCAGUCCAAAGACAUUGUAGAUACUGCUGCCUGUAAUGAUGAAUGGCGGAAUUCGCCAUUUUAUUUCACUAAUGAUGAAUUUGAAGACUUUAAAAAAUUGUCCAUUCCAGAUUGUUGGAAAAAAUUAAGUACUGUUCAGGACUUUGCUGAAGAGUUCAAAUUUAAAAAUAUUUCCCAAUUAGCAUUCAUAGUUUUAACAUUACCACAUUCCAAUGCAGAAUGUGAAAGGAUAUUUUCGAUCGUAAACGAUGUAAAAACUAAAAAAAGAAAUAAAUUGGGCGAAACGUCUUUAAAUUCAAUAUGUGUAAUAAGAUCGGCUUUUAAAUCCAAAAACAUAGACUGCACAACUUUUGAAGCAACUGAUAAACACAUUCAGUUGUUUAAAAACAUUUAA